AAUCUCCAGUGUCUCGCAGCUGUAAGGAUACUCCGACUCCCGGAGGCCUUUGCGGCUGACCAGGAAAACUACGUUUCCCAGAAGCCUCUGCGGCUCCGCGACCGGAAGCGGCGGGCAAGACGAGUGUCCUUGCGCGCGGAGCCGAGCGACUAUGAGGUCCAGAGUGUGGCCGCUGAUGAGGUUUCUCAUCAAGGGCAGUGUGGCUGGGGGCGUGGUCUACCUGGUGUACGACCAGCAACUGCUGGGGCCCAGCGACAAGAGCCAGGCCGCCCUUCAGAAGGCUGAGGAGGUGGUCCCCCAAGCCAUGUACCAGUUCAGCCAGUAUGUGUGCGAGCAGACAGGCCUGAAGAUACCACAGCUCCCAGCCCCUCCAAAGUUUAACUUUCACAUCCAUGAGUCCUGGAAUUCAGGCGUUAUUGCGGUGAUGUCGGCCCUGUCGGCAGCCCCAUCUAAGGCCUGCGAAUACACCAAGGAGGGCUGGGAAUACCUGAAGGAGCGAGUCAAGUAGCCUGUCAGAGGAGCCUGACCAUCCUGGGCGGGAACAGGCAGGGCCACCCAGGACCUCGAGCCUCCAGACUGGGACCCCACUCCGACGGCAGCUCCCGGCCUUGCCGGCCCAAUAAAGGACUUCGGAAGUGC